AGUGUGCAAAGGAAGCAGAGCUGUCCAUCUGAGAAAGAGAGAAGGAAGCAGAGGAGCUGGGAAGACACAAGUCAGGGCUGUGCAUGUAAGUGGCCUUUCCCUUUCUCCAGCAUGGCGCUUUGGCUUUGGCCUCUUCUGAUUAUCCUGAGGGCAGAAGAUGCAGGAGGCCAGGAUCCAGUCAGCUUCAAGGCCUGUAAGAGGGAUCCAGGCGAGAAAGUGCUGGAGGUGCUGCCAGGGGUUGGCUGGGACAACUUGCGCAACAUAGAGAUGGGAAUGGUUAUGAGUCUCAACUACUCCCAGUGCCGGACCACAGAAGAUGGCGAAUACCUCAUUCCCAACGAUGUCUUUGUGCUGCCCCUCAAGAAGAGCACGGUGGAACUGCACUCUGAGAUCAUUCAGGACUGGCAAAACUACACAGAUGCCUUUGCCCAGUCUGUCAACACUGACAUUUCCUUCCUUCCGGUGCUCAACGGAAAGUUCUCGGAUGGCUCCCAGGAGACCAAGGUGCACAACGUCUAUGACGAGACAGUCACCACACGGGUGCAGGCCCGGUACCACAUCUACUCUGUCAAAGCUCUCCCGUCCAUGGCUUUCCACAAGGAGUUUCGCCGUCAGCUGGUGAACAUAGGCAACCACCUAGAGAACAAGCAGAGACGGUCUGCCGAGUACCUCGCAGAGCUGCUGGUGCUCAACUACGGCACCCACGUCCUCACAGGUUUGGAAGCUGGAGCCAGCCUGAUACAGGAGGACCAGGUGAAGCGCAAAUUUCUGUUGGAAAAGGCCUCGGAGAAAGCAGGUAUCACUGCCUCAGCAUCAGUGACCUUUUUCAGCAAGGUGAACCUGGGAAUGGGCUUCUCCUCACAGGUCUGGGAUAAUCUGACUAAGAGCUACAUCGACAACACGGUGGAUUCCAAGAUGGAGGGCUGGGGCAGUGUGCCCUUCUACCCUGGCAUCACCCUCCAGAAGUGGCAGGAAGGCAUCCCAAACAGCUUAGUGGCUAUAGGCAAGUCUGGGAGGCCUCUACCAUUCUUCAUCACUCCCGAGGCUUUGCCGGAACUGCCCGAGCCUACCGUUCGGCGAGUAGCCGCAAUGGUAAAAAAGGCUGUCCUCCUCUACUAUGCUGUCAACACCCACCCUGGCUGCCUCAGGCCCGAGUCCAGUAACUUCAACUUCCAGGCCAACGUGGACGACGGGUCAUGCCAAAACCCCAACACAAACUUCACCUUUGGGGGAGUCUUCCAGGAAUGCUACGGCGUGUCUGGCAGGGACACCGAGGAACUCUGCCAGGCCUACCGGAUAAAGAACCCGCUGACAGGCAGCUCUUCUUGCCCAGCCAACUUCUCUGCUGCCCUUCUGCAUGGCGAGCAACGCACCGCCAGCAAGCCCAAGACGGAAUGUCACCAGCAGUGCCACACUUGCUACCUUUUCCUUUCAUGCUGCGAUACCAUUUGCGGCAUCCGCUACUAUCCCAGCACGGUGAAGUUUAACGCCUACUGGUGUGCUGCCACAGGCCCCGUCCCCCAAAACUCAGGUUUUCUCUUUGGAGGACUGUACACUACUGGGAACGAGAACCCGGUUACCAAGACCCGUGCCUGCCCGGCCUACUUCUUCCCUCUGGUGCUGUUUGAUAAUCUGAAGGUGUGUGUCAGCAGCGACUAUGAGAUGGGAUCUCGGUUCGCGGUGCCCUUUGGAGGCUUCUUCAGCUGCCAGUCUGGCAAUCCUUUGGCUGGAUUACUGAAGGGGCAGAGCCCUGGGGUCCUCCAGGAUUUUUUCUACCAGGACUCCCCUACCGAAUACCCCAUGAAAUGCCCAGCUGGGCAUAGCCAACAUAAGGCCUACUUGAGCGAUGGCUGCCAAAUCCUCUAUUGCUUGCAGGCUGGGACCCUCUUUGCCCAGCAGCUAGCCCCCCUCAAGCUUCCACCCUUCUUGCGUUCUCCCUCCACGAAUUCAAGCCUUCCCGACACCAUCCUGGUGCAGUCUGACGGUAGCCAAGCCUGGGUGAAAACACAUGAAAGCGGGAGCUGGAGGCUGGCCAAAGCCACUGAUAAGAAAGAGAUAGCUCUGCUUUUGGAAGGCCAGGAUCAUUCUAAACUCUCAGGAGGUUCCAUCGCUGGAAUCUCAAUAGCAGUCAUUGCUGCUUUGGCCAUUACCAUGGCAAUCGCAGUUUACAAAAUCCGGCACUUUAAAAGCAGAGGAUACCAGGAGCUGUCGAAUGAACGUCUACUACAGGAUGAAGAAAACUACGGAGCCACAGAAACUACUCCAGAACUCAGUGCUGCCUGAGGCAAUUUUUUACCUGGGCUCCAGAAAUAAGACACACAUCUUUCAUUGGGGAGUAGGUGCACAGGUAACAGGGGCAGAAUAAUGACUGGUGGGUGAAAGCAAGCAUUAGCAUGGAUGUGGAGCCCUCAUCCUGCAAUAAACACCCACCUGAAAGCACACUGCAUUGUGUAGAUUGUAAAGAUACACUUGAUACUGCAGAGAGCAGCAAGGGAACCUCUAAACAUUGCUGGACUCCCAACUUCCAUCAGAGCCAGGCAGCAGGACCAAUGGGCACAUGGGGUAAAAAAGAAAAAAACACCCAGCAGGGACGUCACAGGCUCUGCCAUCCCUCUGUGAAGAAUGGGCAAGGCAAAGCCCUGAGCAGAAACAACAUUGUAAGGGCCUUGUCGGGUUACUGAGCCUUUUAUAUAUCCGGCUGUUUGACCGUGCUUGUGCUUCCACACU